CCGCUUAGGAAAAUUCGAGUUUGAAUCCUGACUAGAAUAAUUAUCGACAAAACUAUACUUGUAUUCUUAUUGAAAUCCGAAUUAUCAGGACCUUUUUCCAAAAACCAAAGUGUUAAUACCAUAAAAAAUAAAAUUUGAAUCACUAACAUGUGGUUAGUCCUAAUGGUAAGGGACUCAAGCAUUUAGGCAAGUGGUUAGAGGUUUGAAUUAUGAUACUUUGUUUACGGAGAAAAACUUGAUUGUCAGGAGAGAACCCAUAAUCUACCUCGCGUGACUAACAGAUUAUUCAACAAAGAUAUUUUUUUUUUUUUUUUGCUGUUGACAAAAUUGUCCAAUGAAGAUUAGUCACUACGCAUUCCGAAUCUUCAAGGAAACAUGAAUCAUUUUGAUAAAGAUGAAAUUCUGAUUCUGUCAGAAACACAUGUUCAACGAUCUCAUGAACCUCAGGAUUCUACCUUCCGAAGAAACAUAUCGAGGACACGAAGUGCUUCAAUCUCUAUUCCUAUGGCUUCUCUGGAACCAUACGAGAGACAACCGAAUCUUGUUCGCACCACAAGGAAAACUCCGAUUAGCCAAAUGAGUGGUCCACUAUAUGCUACUGCGGCAACUGGAAAUCCUUUUCAGAAUACUAUGAUAGUGACAGAAAAUUUUUCUACAUUCGAUGGCAUGGAUAAAAAUGAACACUUGUUGAGGUCUGGACAACUGGGAAUGUGUAAUGAUCCUUAUUUUACUACAUGCCCUACUCACUUCAAAGUUCCUCAGCAAAGAAAACCAAGAGCUUCCACUAUAUUUGAUCCCAAGUUCCACAAUUCUCUUUAUGGUGACACCAAAGGUUAUGGAAGAAAACUUUUUUCUUUCUGUUCUUCGUGUAUUCCUGGUGUUAUGAACCCCCAUGCGAAAGUUGUACAACAAUGGAACAAGUUUUUGGCCAUAUUUUGCAUAGUCGCAAUUUAUGUUGAUCCGUUAUUUUUCUUCUUAUUCUAUGUGAACAAGGAUAAUAAAUGUAUUCGAAUCGACAUGCCAAUGGCAACAACACUUGUUGUACUUAGAAGUAUAACUGAUGUUGUUUAUCUCUUGAACAUUCUUUUUCAGUUUAGGUUGGCUUAUGUUUCUCCUGAGUCUAGGGGUGCUGGUGCUGGUGAUUUAGUUUACCAUCCCAAGAAAAUAGCUGCUAAUUACUUUAAGAGCUACUUAUUCUUUGACGUAUUUGUUGUAUUACCUCUUCCUCAGAUAAUGAUAUUGAUUGUCCUACCAAAUUCCUUGGGGUCUUCACAAGCAAUUUAUGCCAAGAAUCUUCUAAGUCUAGUGAUCUUUGUACAGUUAAUUGCAAAAUUAUUCAGAUUUUUGCCUUGGGUAAUUGGCCGGUCUUCAACCCGAAUCAUAUAUGAGUCAGCCUGGGCAAAUUUAGCUGUAGGUCUUCUCGUUUUUUUGCUCUCUGCCCAUGUUGUUGGUUCAUGCUGGUACCUCUUUGGUCUAGAGAGAGUUAACCAGUGUUUGCAACAUGCCUGCCAUCUUGCCAAACUACCUGGAUGCAUGAACUUGAUUGAUUGUAAUUCUAGAUGGUGGAAUAUAUCAGCUACAUGGAGUGAUGAUAAGGGUGCCGAUGCUUGUUUGAAUUCCACAUCUGGUGCUAUUAAUUAUGGAAUAUAUGCCAAUGCUGUACAACUUACUAUAGAAACUACGGUGGCCAAGAAAUAUAUGUAUGCAGUCUUUUGGGGAUUCCAGCAAAUCAUUACUCUGGCUGGUAAUCAAACUCCAAGUAAUUCUUCGUGGGAAAUCCUCUUUACAAUGUCCAUCAUGGUAUUGGGACUCUUGUACCUUGCGCAUCUCAUUGGCACCAUACAGACCUCUAAUCAGUCUCUUGCACAGAGGAAGGUAGAAAUGCAACUUAGAGGCCGUGAUGUUGAGCAAUGGAUGAGCCAUCGUCGCUUACCAGAAGAUCUCAAAAGGAGAGUACGACAGGCUGAACAGUAUAGUUGGGCUGCAACAAGAGGUGUUUCUGAGAAAAUGGUUCUGGAGAAUUUGCCAGAAGAUCUCCAGACAGACAUACGACGUCAUCUCUUCAAAUUUGUUAAAAAUAUUCGAUUUUUUUCCCUAAUGGAUGAGGAUGAGCCUAUCUUAGAUGCCAUUCGUGAACGACUAGUACAGACGACAUACAUUGAAGGAAGUAUAGUUUUUAGUCAGGGUGGUCUCAUACAGAAGAUGGUUUUUAUUGUUCGUGGAAAAAUGGAGAGCAUUGGAAAAGAUGAAAUUCCGGUUCUGUUAUCGGAAGGGGAUGCUUCUGGUGAAGAGCUUCUAACAUGGUAUCUUGAACAGUCUGCUAAAAGUAAAGACGGUAAAAAAGUAAAGAUUCGAGGACAUGGCUUAACUAGUGACAGAACAGUAAAAUGCUUAACCAAUGUGGAGGCAUUUUCACUCGACGCUAAAGACAUUGAGGAAGUCACAACUCUGUUUUCAAGAUUCUUGCGGAGCCCUCACGUUCAACAAGUCAUAAGGUAUCAAUCACCUUAUUGGAGAUCACUUGCAGCAAACAGAAUUCAGGUUGCAUGGAGCAAUAGGAAGAAGCGUCUAAGUCAAGCUAAUACCACACAAAAUAAUUAUCAAACAUCGUGGCAUGAAUCGCCUUAUGGGAAAUCAGAUAGACCAAACAGAAUUCAGAUAGCAUGGAGAAACAGGAAGAAGCGUCUAAGACGAGCUAAUACCACACAAUGAUAAUCAAAUAUUGAACUCAGACUGUACUCUAAUGUUUGAUUCACUACACUUUGUCAUGAACUCUAUUGUUUGUAAUUUCUAGUCCUUGGAAUAGAAUAGUACACUACUAGAAACUCCUUGUUUUUCUACGGAUUUCUCCAAUGAUUUAGGUGUUUAGGUAAUAUCUUUGUGAGAUAUUGUGUCUGAACUUUGACAUUCUCAGGUAAUUUCCUGCCGAAAUUAUCUGCAGGAAAAGUGAAAAUAUCCACAAAAAACUUUUAGUUGUUGAUUGUA